GACUGCCGACAGGGGGGCCAGGAAGUGGCGUUGGGAGAGAGAGGAGGCCGUGGUCCUCAUCCUCUUGAGGUGCUGCGCCCCGAAAGCCUGCCGGGGCUCGCGCUCUGGAACCUUCCGACUCCCGGCGGGCCCCGUGCCGCAAAGGAUCUCCUCCUAACCUAACGUCGCACUUCAUCAUGAAGAACCAAGACAAAAAGAACGGGCCUGUUAAGCCGUCUACCCCGAAAGGCACCACCGGGCAACCGGAAGCAGGCCCAGGGGAGGCCCAGGGGCUUCCCAGCCCGACUGCCCCUGCGAGCGAAGCAGAAGGUUCCAGCGGCCAAGCUCCCGGCAAGACCGAGGGGGCUCAAGUCAAAACAGCUCAAUCUGGGGUCCUCCGUGAUGUGUCUGAGGAGCUGAGCCGCCAGUUGGAAGACAUUCUGAGUACGUACUGUGUGGACAAUCAGGGAGGCCCAGGUGAAAAUGGAGCACAGGGUGAACCCGCUGAACCUGAAGAUGCAGAGAAGUCCCGGACCUAUGCGGCACGGAAUGGGGAGCCUGAGCCAGGGAUUCCAGUAGUCAAUGGUGAAAAGGAGACCUCCAAGGGGGAGCCAGGAUCCGAAGAGAUCCGAGCAAGUGAUGAGGUCAGAGACCGGGACCACCGAAGACCACAAGAAAAGAAGAAAGCCAAGGGUUUGGGGAAGGAGAUCACUUUGCUGAUGCAGACCCUGAACACGCUGAGUACCCCAGAGGAGAAACUGGCAGCGUUGUGCAAGAAGUAUGCUGAGCUGUUGGAGGAGCACCGGAACUCUCAGAAGCAGAUGAAGCUCUUGCAGAAGAAGCAGAGUCAGCUGGUACAGGAGAAGGACCACCUUCGUGGUGAGCACAGCAAGGCUGUCCUGGCACGUAGCAAGUUGGAAAGCCUGUGCCGUGAGCUGCAGCGGCACAACCGUUCCCUCAAGGAAGAAGGUGUGCAACGGGCACGGGAGGAAGAGGAGAAGCGCAAAGAGGUGACCUCACACUUCCAGGUGACACUGAAUGACAUUCAGCUGCAAAUGGAACAGCAUAACGAGCGUAACUCCAAGCUCCGCCAAGAGAAUAUGGAGCUGGCUGAGAGGCUUAAGAAGUUGAUUGAACAGUAUGAGCUACGUGAGGAGCAUAUCGACAAAGUCUUCAAACACAAGGAUCUGCAGCAGCAGCUGGUGGAUGCUAAGCUCCAGCAGGCCCAGGAGAUGCUGAAGGAGGCAGAGGAGCGGCACCAGCGGGAGAAGGACUUUCUCCUGAAAGAGGCAGUGGAGUCCCAGAGGAUGUGUGAGCUAAUGAAACAGCAGGAGACCCACUUGAAGCAGCAGCUUGCCCUAUAUACAGAGAAGUUUGAGGAAUUUCAGAACACACUUUCCAAAAGCAGCGAGGUGUUCACCACUUUCAAACAGGAAAUGGAAAAGAUGACCAAGAAGAUCAAGAAGCUUGAGAAAGAAACCACCAUGUAUCGAUCACGCUGGGAAAGCAGCAACAAAGCCCUGCUUGAAAUGGCUGAGGAGAAAACACUUCGAGACAAAGAACUUGAAAGCCUGCAGGUGAAAAUUCAGCGCCUGGAGAAGCUAUGUCGGGCAUUGCAGACAGAGCGCAAUGACCUGAACAAGCGGGUACAGGACUUGAGUGCUGGUGGCCAGGGCCCUCUUACUGACAUUGGCCCUGAGCGGAGGCUGGAGGCUGCCACUGCCUCCAAGGAGCAGGGUGGUGAGGGCCUUGGGGCUCAGACACCCAGCUCUCCAAGGGCCACAGAAACUUCUGGCUGUACAGGAGCAUUGAGCACAGAAGGAACAGGUCAAACAGGGCCCCAGGAGCCUACCAUUGCCACCGCCUAGAGAUGGUGCUUGGAGCAUGCUGGGAAGGGAGCAGCAACCCAGCCAGGCCUGGCCCAUGUGAGGCUCCCACACUGAGCAGCCCAUUCCUAAGGCCUGGGUGUUCUGGCUGGCAUCUGACACUUUGCAAUUUUGGAUUUUGUGGGUCAAUCUUACAUACAUGGAUGGGGCACUUGUACAAGGCCUCAUACAGCUUACAUAGUUACAUCUGUAAGUGUACAAGUGGGCUUGCACUAAGGGUGGGGUAUACGGAUGGAGUUGGUGGUUCCUCCAUGAGCUGAAGUCUUAGAUGGUGUCUGUAGCUGCCAUCGCAGUCGGCUGGUAGGUCAAACAUUAUCCUGCCUGGUUUGAGGCUCAGACCCCUCUCAGCCCUUUUUAGAGUUUGUCACAAGUGAUAUACUCAGGCCUGGACUCCAUUCUUUCAUGAGCAGGACUUGGGCAAUUUGAGCUCUUGUAGCUCCCCUGGAGGCUCCAUUACUUUUCUUGGCUUGGGCAUGAUGUCUCUGGUACAGCCUUAGCAGGGCAUAUAUAACUGAUGGUUGAGCUGCUUUUCUGCCUAAGAGAAGGCACUUGAGGAUAAUCCUGUGUGGGAUGAUGCACUGUUUGUGAGACUUCCUCUGUCCAUGAAAGUGCCAGGAUCAGGCCAAUGUUGCUUCUCAGUAGCCUUAUCAUUCACAGGUGCCUCUAGCUGCACAAAAGAUCACCCAAAGGAUUCUUUUUGAAGGCUUUUUGUUUUGCAUGUGAGUUUGUAUGAAGAAGGAAGAGAGGGGUACUAUGGCAGUGGUCCCAGGUACCUGGCCUCCAGUGCCCAACUCUUCACUCCACCUGGGUCCUUUGUCAUGUUGGUGCUAAGGCUUUCUGUUUGGGACAAUCAGAUUAUUAUUAAGAGAAAAGAAAAAGUUCUAAUGGCUUUGCCACAAGCUUGCCUAUGGGUUUUCAAUCCUGAGAGGCCACCACUGAUUCCUGUCACCUCCAUCUUCAUGCAGCCAUUGCUGGGCCCAGCGUUAUGGAUCUGCUUUUGCUUCCUGCCCACACUCAAACCAAAUGAGUAACCAUUGAAGAUUUUUUUUAAUGCCAUUUCUUGGCACAUUGGCCAAGAAAUGAGUCUUUGGGUUUUACUGCUGCUGGUAUGGGAGUUCCCAGUUGUCUGGUGGGUAAAGAAUGAAUUGCAGCUGGGCAUGGUGGUGCAUGCCUUUAAUCCCAACACUCAGGUGGCAGAGGUAGGAGGAUCACAAUGAGUUCGAGGCUACCCUGAGAUACGGAGUGAAUUCUAGGUCAGCCUGGGCCAGAGUGAGACCCUACCUCGAUAAACCAAAAAAAAAAAAAGGGGGGGGGGAGAAUGAAUUGCAACAAUACACUGAGUGAGUCCAGGAAACAACACUGUAGGGAGUUGUAUUCGCUGCCUCUCCCCACAUAUGUGUCCUGUGUGUGGCAGCUUUGCUAGUGUUCUCUUGCACACCUACAAGGAUGUUAUCCAGGUUCCAGAAAACAGUUUUCUUGAGCAACAGAAGGAAUCUUGGAAGCAGAAUUAUUGGUCCUCGGCCUCAGUGAGCUAAGGGAGUCACAGGCCAAGAUGAGAUGAGUGGAGUUUUGCUUCUACCUAUAUUUGAAGCUCAUUGUCUUGUCUUGCACAUGCCUUUACUUUUCACAACUGGCCCUUAACUUAAAUCCCCCACAUAGAUUCAUGGAUUGUGCUGGGUAUGGUAACACAUGCUAUAAUGCCAUUACUCAGGAUUGCGUUCCAGGCUGAUCUUGGCUAUUAAGUGAGACUGCCAAAAAUAGGCAAAUGAACAUUACAUACAUCAUGUGACUUCCAAGUUAAUCUCUCCCUUGGCCGAUGGCAGGCACCAAAUGCUUUAAAUACUUCUUGCUACCCUGGUAUAUUCAUUCAAGAUGCCCCAGCACUGGAAUGAGUGCUGAGACUUAUUUGCAGUUCCUGGCUGAGGUAUACUGUCCUGUGGAGUAUUUUCUCACCUCUGAUGUCUGUGUAUGUGACAUGGUCCCUGCCUCUUCCUGUCCAUCCAGUACAGUCUCUGAUCCCUGUGCCAGGUUAGGGAAUAUGAACUGCCAACCCCAUUGGACUUACUAGGCUAUGGAGGUGUAAGAACAAGACAAAUGUGCCUCCUUGGAGAACGAGGGAAGGUCUGUUGUGGCCCACAUACUUGCCUGCCUCACUUCAGCUACCUCUUAAAGCCAAUUGGAGGGGUGGGGGUCCUUGGGGCUGUUGAAGCUCAGUGUUAGGAGAUUGCAACCUUCAGUGGCCCUAGGACAGGUGAGAUCUUGGCUGUCACAUCCAUCCUUUUAGGCACCCAAGUCAAUGAAUGGUUGGGACUCUUCCUCUCCAUUGACCAAACCUUAGUCACUACAACUGCUGUGCUUUCCAAGGUCAGCCCAGGGAGCCUGGCCCAGCUGCAGGGGAGAUAGUCUGCAAGCGAGUCCCGUGUGUUAUGACCUCAGUUUUAGGACCAACAGCUGUGUUGGUUUCUUAAAUUGUUAGCUUUUCCUCCGGGGGACCACAGUGUGUGGUGGCUCAGAGCCCAGUGCCCUUACUCAUGUCCAUUUGCUUAUCUAGUUGAGAGCUUCAUGUACACGUGUCAGCAGCACUUUUUUUCUUGUUUUCCAUGAGGUGUUUGGACCAUGGGCAGCGCUCAGGCACUUUGUGUAAGAAUGUUAUUUCUGUAAAAAUGGUUAUUUAGCCCUCCCCUCCCCCAUUGUGGUCAUCCUGCUGAGGGUGGCCCGCAGGCUCGGUAUGUAGGGGAGCUGAGUGCUGCUGCAGUCUCCUUCCACCGUGCACACAGCCUGGAAGUGGACAGCAGGCGCCCAGUCUGGGGGUGGAGGCUGCCUCUUCCUGUAAUUGCUUCCUUUUACUACUCAGCCUGGCCACCAGGACCUAUUUGAAGUAACAACAGGUUUUUGUUUUGUUUUGUGUUUUUGUCUCUUUUGGUAUUUUACAACAGCCAGGGACUUGAUAUUGAUGUAUAUUACACCACAUUAAAUAAAGAGUCUGUUGCCUUACUCCGCCAA